UUACAUCAUACAUGAUAUCGUAAUGUUUACCUCCUGUUGGGAAUGGAGAGGGAAAGAAAGGUUCGGCUGUCGAGUUAAGCUGUAUCGUUUAGCAGUCACACAGCGACAUUCAAGCAAGUACGGUUCUCGCGUUUUCUAAAACAAUUUCUUUUUCUUUUUAUUUUCUUCUUAUUUAUUUCAUUGCUCGCAUAUUUUUAUCUAUAUUUAUAUCUAAUUCACUUAAAAUAUUCCGCGAUAUGAAUUUUAAAUUAUGAAUUAAAUUAAUUACUUAAAUUUAAAGUAAAAUGUAUUUUCAACGUAAAAUUAUGAAAUAUUUCAAAAGAAUCCAGAAAGAAAAUACCAGAAAAAUUUUUCUGUAUUAAAAGCAACGUGUUGUUCAUUUACAUAAAUUUUUUAUCUUCACCUAUUAUCAACAUCUUUUACGUUACAAAGCAAUAUGCAAUUGUGUGUACAAAAGUGUGUACAAAUGAAUAGACGACCGUGAAAAGAAGACACGCAAAAUGGAAACAAUCGAAAGUCGUUAAAUUGCAAAAUGGUGUGAAGUGUUGGCUGCAAAGUGGUUAAGUCGAAUCUGAGCUUCGAGCACACGUGACCGUCCAUGUUUCGAUGACUCAGUGACACUAAGUGCUCUGGCAAUUUGUACUUGAAGAGCUCAUUUAUACAGUGUGGUUAUCCAGAACAAGAAGAUUUUCAAAUCGGAUUGGAAAUUAAGAUUUUGAUUUUGCUUUGUGCGUUCGAUCUAGAUCGAUUCCAAAUCGUUGAAGAAACGUGGUCAUCCGUAUAGAAUGAGAAGUUCGUCUGUCUUGCCAACAUCGAUUUAAAUCGAAUGCUAUUUGAAGAUGUGUUCACAAAGUGUUAGAUUUAUGAGAAUUUAAUGAAAUUGUGCGAGUGAGAAAAGUGAGAAAUUUGAUAGAAUUUAUGCAAGUUUCUUAUCGCAUGUAUUUUUCUAUUCUGCUGGCUUUUAAAGUCUCGUUGAUAAUUAGUGUUAAUUUGAAAAUACGUAUGAGAAAAGAAGAAAUAAAGUUUUUUCGACGUAUAAGAGAAAAACAAAAAUACGAUUUAAAAGAUUUAAAAGCGAAUUUAAAAGAACUAUAGAAGAAGAUUUAAUUCUAGAAAUAAUUUAAAUUGAAGUGAAACUUUUAAUGGCAUAAACUAAAUUGCGCAAUGUUAUUCGAAAAGAAGAUUUAACGGUAUUGUUGUUAUUGUUAUCGCGUGAAACAUCACGAGCAAAAAAAAAAGUUGAAAAUAUUACGAAAAAGAAAUUCAUUCCGUUGAAUUUCAUUAUUUCCAAUGUUUUUUUAUAAAUUAAAAAAUCUUUCGAAAUAUAAAAAUAACUUCGAUGAAAUCGAAAAUUUAAAAUCAUAAAUACGGGAAGUGGAACACGCGGAGUGGAACAGUUUUGCAAGAAAUAUUUAACGAAUUAAAACUUAGAUUUUCCAACGAUCUGACUUUUUUUUUUAGAGAAACCAACAAUGAUCGUAAUUAUGUUAGCAAUUGUGACCGAGACAAAUUCGCGGUGUCGCAUAGAGAAACAUCAAUUAAGUACGUGUUUGCGUGUAAAUAGCGGAAGAGACCGUUUAUUGGUCACGUAAGUGAUACGAAACAUCACGAAGGAAAUAUUUUUCAACAGCCAAUCGUGCAACACGAACGCGUUCUUUCCUUUUGCCUAUCUAUCGCUCUAUCGUUAUUCGCUUCCUUCCUUCCUAUUCCGACGGAUACGGGAACGAUGAUGGACUCUGAGAAAAAAUGUAAUCGGACGGUCAUCGAAAUUGACCAAAACAUGUCUUCGAUGAAAAGUUCGAAAGAAGAAACGUCAAAUUUUGAAAAACCGAAAUCUCAAACGGCGCUCGAGGCAGAAUCAUCGGCGGCAGGCUCGUCGAGAGCGACUGGUUGUUUUUCGAGACGCGACAAGGUGACCGAUAUCCUCGAUAAACAAUCGCCCACCGAUUCCGCGAAAACAUUGAAACCUUCGAGAUUCGGGAACGAGGAGAGUCACGAGAAUAAAUGGAAGAAAUUUUGGGACCAUCAUCGAAACAAAUUUCGACAGAGAUGCGAGAAGGAUCUCGCGACGAGGAAUCGAUCGCUCGAGGAGAUGACGACCGAGGUGGACGCCGUGUUUCGAAAGGCGAUUCGAAAUAUGCGUUUCGACCGAUCUUCCACCGCGGACGAGAGCUGUCCAGAGAGGGAUAACAAGAAUGGGAAAGGGAACGUGUCGCAAAUUGUGGAGAAAUCGUUACAGCAACGAUCGAGAUUGGCUCGUUCGAAGGAGGAAGGUACGUUUAUGAACAAAAUCGAAGAGCACGAUGAUCCUUCGCCUCUUAAAAACAGCGAAGGGAGAGAGGAGGAAAAUACGUUGAACGCGACCAGUCGUGCCAAUUUUCCUCUCGUGGAAAUUAAUAGGGGGGGGAGGGAGUGGAACGAAAACACGAAGGCAAAAAAUCCUUCGAUCAGGAAAUGGAGCUCGUUGGAGAAUUUAUCCAUCAACGCGAGAGAGAAUUCUUGCGAUCGGAGUAUAGAGGGCCUAUCGAUCGAAAGAGUAAUCGGAUGCAAGGAAAAGAGAAGGAUCGAGUCUUUGAGGUCUUCGUUGGAAAGGAAAAUGGGAUCUGUGGAGAGGAUGUUGGAGGAUCAGAUAGAGAAAAUAUGGGACGAGAAAGUGGAGAAACAUCCGUGGUUGUUGCCUAUCGACAAUUGGAUCGUUGAUCGUUGCAGAUCUUCUCGAAAGUGUUCCUCCACCGUUCAGAACAGGAGGAACGAUAAUUUGCACACGGAGGGAGGGAAUUCGGUGGAGAAAGAACGAAUCGAAGAGAGUUUCGAUUCUAAAUUUAUCGCUUCGGGAACGGGAGACGGAGAGGGAAGGGUGGAGAUGAAAUUGAUUGAACAUUUGAAGAAGCCGGAAAGAUCGAGAUUCGAAACUAUGAACUUGAAUUCGAGAUUGAAAAGGUUCGAUCAGUCGAGGGAGGGAGAAGUUUUGGAGGUGAAAGAUGUAAAACACUAUGACCUGUUGGAUAAACUGAAGGACAAUGUUAAAGAGAAAAUGGAGGAUAUUCACAGGUAUUUCCAAAGGACCAAUCGAUUGGCAGAUGUAAACAGACGAUUAAAGUCGCAAAUAUGGAGCUCCGUGGUGACGAUCGUUCUCGUGGAGGCGAAGAAUUUGCUACCUAUGGAUAUAGAGGGCCUCUCGGAUCCCUACGUCAAAUUUCGUCUUGGGACAGAAAAGUACAAGUCAAAAGUGGUGCACAAGACCUUGAAUCCCGUUUGGUUGGAGCAAUUCGAUCUUCACCUAUACGAAGAUCCCUAUUUAGGGCAGGAGUUGGAGGUGACGGUGUGGGAUCGCGAUAAAAGCCAUCAGGAUGACCUAAUGGGGAAGACGGUAAUAGAUUUGGCAACGCUCGAACGCGAGACGACCCAUAGACUAUGGCGCGAUCUCGAGGACGGUUCUGGAAACAUUUUUCUGCUGUUGACCAUCAGUGGAACCACCGCCAGUGAAACGAUCAGCGAUCUAGCUGCCCACGAGGAGACUCCUCGCGAACGCGAACAGUUGUACCAAAGAUAUUCAAUGAGAAACACGUUGCAGAGGUUGCGAGAUGUUGGCCAUUUAACUGUUAAGGUAUUCAGAGCGCAAGGUCUCGCGGCGGCCGACUUGGGCGGGAAGAGCGAUCCUUUCUGCGUGUUGGAAUUGGUAAACGCUAGAUUGCAGACUCAGACGGAGUACAAAACGCUGGCUCCAAACUGGCAAAAAAUAUUUACUUUCAACGUGAAAGAUAUUAAUUCGGUGCUGGAGGUGACGGUGUACGACGAGGACAGGGAUCACAAGGUGGAGUUUCUCGGGAAAGUUGCCAUACCUCUUUUGAAGAUAAGAAACGGUGAAAAACGAUGGUACGCGUUGAAGGACAAGAAAUUAAGGGGUCGAGCAAAAGGGAAUUCCCCCCAAAUUCUGUUGGAAAUGACCGUGGUGUGGAACGUUGUGAGAGCCUGUGUACGAACGUUGAAUCCCAAAGAGAAGAAAUACAUGGAACCGGAGAUAAAGUUCAAGAGACAAGUGUUUCUUCGUAACGUUCUCAGAUUGAAGGCGAUCAUCGUUAUCGUUAUCGACAUUGGAAAAUACGUGCAGAGCUGCUGGGAAUGGGAAAGUAAAAUGAGAAGCAUCUUUGCACUGGUUAUCUUUGUUUUGGGCUGUUACUAUUUUGAGCCUUACAUGUUCCCUGGAAUAGCACUCCUUAUCUUGUUAAAAUACUAUCUGCUUUACGGGGAUGGAAAUGGAUUGAAACAAUGGAUUUCCGGACAGGUCGCGAUGAUAACUGGUACAUCCUUGACCCAUCACACCACCCAUUCGCACUUUCACGACGAGAUCGACGAAGGGCCAGCUACUCCCGGGGACGACGACGACGACGACGACGACAAGGAUAAAGAAGAGAAGAAAAGUCUGAAGGAGCGGUUGCAAGCGAUUCAAGAGGUGACCCAGACCGUGCAAAACUCGAUCGGCUACAUAGCGAGCCUCUGCGAAAGGGUGAAGAAUCUUUUCAACUUCACUGUCCCUUACCUCAGUUACCUGGCCAUGAUAUUGGCGAUCCUGGGCGCCGUUGUCCUCUACUUCAUCCCCCUUCGAUACCUCAUCCUAACGUGGGGCGUGAACAAAUUCUCGAGGAAGAUCGUCAGGCCUCACUCGGUCCCCAACAACGAGCUCCUCGACCUCAUAUCCAGAGUGCCCGACGACGAGGAACUUCUCAAUUACAGGUUUCUUUCGUUGAGAACAAAGUCGAGGAGAGGGGCAACAAUUAGAAUUGUUUCAAUACACCUUGUUUUUAAUUUGCAGGGAGUUGAAACCGUUGCCGACCGCCGAUUGCGAGAAAGGAUCUGGAAGUCCAGGCGCGUCGAAUCAAACGAGGAGGGAGCAGAGGAAGAGGCACAAGGCCGCGUAGCAGCAUGCCCCGCGGCCGGAAGUCGCGGGUCUACGAUCACCGAGCAUCCUGAGGACGGUCCUGCUGCGCCGAAAUAAGCGCCAGCGAAAGGGAUCAGCGGAGAAUCCGGAUGUGAUCGACAUAGACUGAGAAACGCCACGUUUCCACAUCCACCGUAGUCGUUUUAGCUAGAAGGGAUUGGGGGGGAAGGGGGAAAAUUUAAAUCGGCCGAAAUUUACGAAUAAAGUUACUCCAGGAAUAAGUCGAUAAUCUAAAUUGAAUGAAAAUUGUUGAAUGAAAAAUUUGGAGAAUCGAGAAUCGUAUUGAUUGGCAAAUCCGCGUAAAGUGACUUUAUUCGAAAUUUUCAACUUUGGGGUUAAUCGCCCCAACAUUGUUUCCGAUCUUUAAAUCCCGGCGUGGUAUGCGCCUCGAUCGUUUCGAAUCGUUUUGUUCUCGAUGAUUGGGAGAUAAAUGUAACGCGUUAGGGAGGAAGGAGGACGAGAAAGAGAUGAAAAAUGUAGUAGAAACGUUACCGAUUUAUUGGGAAGGAUUAUUCUCGUUUCUAGAGUAGAAUAUUGGUAGAUUCGUUAACAAGCGCUUUGGAAAGUUGUUGUUUACACGUUGUACAAUCAAUUCUCAAGGAGCAUACCAAUGGGGGAGAAAAAUUAUCAAUAGAUACAUUUCGGUUUUAUAAAUUGGAACGAGUGCAUUGAUAAAUUUGAUAAAAAAAUAUAUAUAUAUGUAUAUGUAUAUUCUCGUCUAGAAAUAAUCUAGAUAGCGUCUUUUUUUCUGGAACUGGUGUAAGAUAAGGGAAAACGACGACGUGCGCGCCAUCGGCUUAUCGUCAGGGGAAUAACUUAAGGAAAGGUAUAUUUAUUCUUUUUUCAAUCAUCGUUUCUCAAACUAUUCCUUGUUUGAGAAAGUGAUAAACCGAGUAUUUUGAAAGUAUACCUCCCGUUUGUACGGGGGAAGAGGGGAACGUAUCGAAAAAUAGCGCGAAACAUUUGAUAGCCGUGCAUUAGUCAAAAAAGUAGACGAAGAAGAGAUAUAAGAGAGAUGUAAAGAGAGUUUUAAGAGGAGGGAAAAAAAAAAGGAAAGUGUACACGAGAGUAUUUCCUGGCCAACGGGAAUAUUAUCCUCGUCGAUCCGUUUCGUCCAUCGGUGUCGUAGAUAUAGCUGCUACAAAAUCGUUAUCGGUGACAGUGAGGUGUUCGAAGAUUUAAAAAGAAAGAAAAGUUGAAACAAAAAAAAAAAAAAAAAAAAUGUAAAAAAAAAGAGAAAAAGAAACAAAAAAGACAAAUAUAUUAUUCCGCGACGGUCUCGUCUAGCCGAGAAAUUUCGCUCGACGAGCUGUUUCUUCCAUUUCACGAACGACGAAAAGAGCCCAUUAAUUUGAUAUUCUAUAAUGUAAUAUUCCACGUAUGUUUAUAUCGUUUAUUUUAAUAAAAAAAGAAAAAAAAGUUAAAUUAUAUAAUAUAUUCAAUCAAUAUAGUUACACGUUGUACAAUUUUUAGUCUAUUUUUAUUUUUUAAUUUGCGCUAUCUCUUGUUACGAUUUUCGCGCGUUAAAAUCGUUUAAACGAUUCUAUUUUAUUAGCCUAUUCGUCGUUCGCGAAAUCAGAUAUUAUUUAAUCUUUUUAUCGUUGAGACGUUUUUCCAAGUGUCUCAAAAUUAUUCUCUUUAAAUAGUAUUUAAUAUAUUAACGAAUUCUUUGUUCCAACGCACAUUUUCACGCGUUAGUCCAUCAUCUCCUCGAGCAUGAGUGUAGUAAGAAUGUCGAACGAAUGGCGAUUGUAUCUUCCGUGUUUAAAAUUCGUGAAACUUAACGGGAUUUAAAGUUUACACGGUCGAUGUAGUUCGGAAUUUUACCAUAAUAAUAUCGUUCGUGCUUAGAUCGGAGAACAUAUCAAGUUUAAAGAUUUUAAGAAGUAAGGCAAAAAGGAAAAGAGAUAUUGAAUUUAUAAUAGAAUUACCAGCAUUUAUUUGUACCAGGAAAUCUAGUUAUAUGGUAAUUCGAUGAAGAAACCGUGAAAUAUAUAUUUAUGCGUGUGAAGAUGCCUGAAAGAAAACGGAGAAACACAAUAAAAGGGAGGAAAAUAAACGUUUCUUCGACACCGGUUCUAUUACUAUUUUUAUAACGAUAAUAGAUAUCGUUGUCCUCGUAACAAUAGCUCAUAACCUAGUUUCGCGAUUAGAUAACAUUCCAGAGUUUGUAACUUUCUUCGUCCAUAAACGUUUCUUUUGUUUCUUUUUUUUUUCUUUUUCUUGUGUUUUUGUUCUCGAAACGCUAUGUUUCUUUCUUUCUUUCUUUAUUUAUUUAUUUACACCAUUAUUCUACCAUUUCUGGAUAAUCACGAUAGUUGCAACGUCGCAAAAGCGUUAAUAAACGCAACGUUGCAAUUACACGAAUUAUACGAAACGAUGAAAGAUAUUGUAACAAUUAUUUGAAACGUAUUCAAGGACCGUAUAUAAAUAACUCGUUUGUAUUUUUUAUUCAAAUACUACAUUUCACGACUAAAGUGGAAAAAUAAUCGAGGCUAGAAUGAAGGAAUAUAUUUUUUGAAUACGAUAAUAUUUCCAAUUGAUUUUCACCAUGGCUCGAACAUGCUCGAGGAGGGAAAUAAAACGCGUUGAAUCAAUUAUUCCUAACCGCGAUUUUACGGUUCGUGCCAGCCGAGAGACGAGAAAGCUGAAAGGAAGGAGAAAUAUCCAUUUUUUUUCUCGCUUUUCUAACUCGGAAUUUCAGUGCACCAUCAUCAUCAUAUUUCCCGAAUCAUUCCUCCAUCGAUCCUUUUCUCGCUGUUUCUUCCAUUCGCAUGAAAAAAAAAAUUAUAUCCUUUCAUGUACUUACAUCUUCGCUUAUAUUUGACCCUUUGAAGCGUUACGAAUAUUUUUUUUUUAUGCUUAAUUUUAUUUUUUUUCUUCUUAUUAUAUUAUUGUUUUUCUCUCGAAUCAAUUUGUAUCGCGCUUUUACUUUGAUAUGAUCUAAUAUAUACGUGUGUAUUUUUGUAUUAAAAGAGACAUUAAAAGGAAAAAAAAAUUAGGACAAAUUUAAAGAUAGAUUUAAAUUUGGAUGUAAUUUUUUAUAAUAAAAAAAAAUGAAUAUUUGUAUGUUAUCAUAUUUUAUAACUCAAUUUGUUAUAUCGAAGAAGGACAAUUCCUAGUGAUAAAAAAAAUAUAUUUAAUUUAAAUUUUACAUAUAUAUUGAUCUAAAAUGAUAUUUAUUAAAAUUUACAAAAUUAUUACAAGAUGCAUCAUAAAUCGCAACUUUAUCUCGCAUCUCUGCUUGGAUCGAUCCAAUAAUCGAUCCAAUAAUAUAAAUCAAAUUUAUACGCAAGAGAAUUGAGGAAAUGAUUCGCGCUUCAAAGGGUUCAGAUAUAAUAAUUCGCGCUCUCUAUUCAUCCGCCAAUUGUGGGCCUAAUUCACGAGGAAGCAAGAACGCAUACAUACUUGUAGAAACACACUGAAUACUAAGAGGCGUGCGAGAAGCGUGUAUGUGAAAUACGAGAGAGAGUGAGUGAGUGAGUGAGUGAGAGAGAAAGAGAGAUAGGCGAUUCUUUUUUGUCAUCUAGUCAACGAAUUUUCUUAAGCAAGCUUGAGAAACUUGUGAUAACCGUUUCAGUUUCAAUUUCAUUUUUUUUUUUUUUAGAGGAAUGCGUAACGAUUUUUGUGCGAUUUAAAAUUUGCCGAUCGAAUAUUCUUCCUUCCUGAUUAAUGGAUUUUCGAUUUUUGUUAAUUUUAAAUCGCACGAUUGAUAAAUGUCAUGAUAUAUUUUCUAUUAGUCAUUCCUAGUGACAUUCCUUUCGUGUAAAUUGCAUGGAUACGCAUGGAAUCGUUAAUGAAAUUAAUAAUAAUAAUAAUUGAAUUUGUACGAAUUUAUAAUGUUUUUCUUUUUUUCUUUUUUUUUUCUCAUAGAAUUUGUAAACACGUUUAAGUAAAUGGUGUAUCCAUCCAAUUUUAUCUUUUACGCGUGUACAAUUACAUUGAAUCAUGUCGAAGGGUCGGUUGUCGAGAGAGUCGACAAAAUGGCAACAGGGAUCCGUCAUCCGUAACAGGCCGUGAACGACUAUACACGAUUAGCUUGUAUCGUCGGUACGAAAUUUAAAAUGGUCGACCACGAGCAGCCGACGCUUCGAACGAACACACUAUUCGCGUUUUACAACGUCGUCUUUUUCUACUCUUCCAAUUUUGUACUUCCAAUAGGUGUGUAAAAAGUGAAAAAAUUGUUUCUUCGACUUUUAAAACCAUUUCCCAUUUUCGCUAAUUGAAAUGAAGGAAAAAAAAAGGAAAAAAAAUUGCUAUUUCAAAACGCGUUUAAGUAUUGCUCGCUCGCUCGCUCGCUCGCUCACUCGUUUCUAUUUCGACUCGUUUCUUUCGGGAAUGCGGGCACGCAAAGGACACACGAGCGAUUCACGUAAAUUCACGCGCAUAUUCAUUAUAUUAUCUUCGUGCACGCACUUUCGAGUUUGCAUGCUCCAAUUUCUUCGUGUUAUAUGAAUCUUUAUUAAAGUGUUUUAGCCGUUAAGGGGGAGAGGAGGGACGGUCGAGAGGGGAACACAGAAAACAACACACGAAAGAAAGAAAGAAAGAAAGAAAGAAAGAAAAUGGAGGGAGAGACCAGGAUGAAUUCGAUUUUCACACAUAUAUUUUUCGCGAAUACUAUAUCCUCUCUGGAUGAGUGUUCCUCGAUCUAUUUAUUUAAAAAAAAAAAAAUUCUUUUUGCAUACUUUUGCAUAAAUAUUACUAUAUCGUGUCAAGAUCGAUCGAUAUUUAAAAGUGUACGAGGAGAAGGAAGGUCGAAAUACAAGUUAAUACGUUUUUUAUUUUAUCUUUUUUCCGCGAUCAUUUUCACCGAGGUGGAGAAACAAUCAGGCAACACUGAUCCAGACGAAAGAUAUGUAGAUCAACACACACAUACACACACACACGUCUGUAAUGUUAUUACUUCCUAAACGAUAGGAAACGAACGAACAACAUUAAAUUUAAGAUAUUUAGAUAGAAUUUGAAAAUGGAAUUGUGAUUCGAUCGGCGAUAUCAAUCGAUUCUCGAAGAACGAAAUUGAAAUCAUAUGUAUGAGGCAAAGAAGGUCCGGACCAAGUCCAGAUCGGGUGAUCGUACAAAAAGAAUUAAAAGAUUAAAAAAAAAAAAAAAAAAAAGAAAAAAAGGAAAGAAACUAAAAUAAGAAAAAAUAUAAACAUAAUUAUCGAUAUAUAUUUAAAAAAAAGAAAUAUAUAUAUAUACAUAUAUAAAUGUAUAUAUAUGUAUAUGACUGUUGUUUAGAUCGAAUUCUGGAACUUGGUCGGCGUUCUCGAUGUUCCGAUAAAACGUACUUAUGACAAAAGGUGAUAAGAAUCGUUAUUAUAUUCAUAAAAUUAAAAAUAAAGCAAGCUUUUAAUAUCCAAAAUAA